UGAGUCACAAAGUAGAUAACACAGCUUUAUGAAUUUACCGGUGCACCACCUUGCACGGUCCAAAAACAAAAUUAGAAAUGUUAUGUUAGAAACAACUUUAAAAUAUCGAUGACCCAGGCAUAAAAUUUCUAUAUAAGGGACGCAAACUAUCACAGCAAAAGUAUGGUUCGUGACAGGUUAGCAGAGAUGCAGGCCAAGAGUGCGGAGGUGGGGGAGAGUAAACACAAGAAGAAUGAUAGUAAUGGUACACCAUUACUAAACUCAGAACAACAGCUGGAAGAAUGCUUAAAAUGGGUUACAAGUGUCGAUAAUAAGGUAAAGACUAUGAAAGAAGAAAUUGAACAAAUGCAAAAGUUACAGAAGAAUAUAAUCUCUAAUCCUCUAGUUGAUGUGAAAGAAGUAAAGAAACUUGAACAGACUUCUGAUAAAGUGUUCAAUGAAUCAUCCAAACUUCAAAAAGAAAUAUCUGCAUAUAGAUCUGAAUUUGCAAACAUGCAUUUGGAUGGUACACAUGAGAGAAUGAUUAAGACACAUAUAGAUAGGCUAGGGAGUGAUGUCACAAAGACCAUGCAUGAUUUUAGGGCGGCACAGUUGGAAUACAUACAAAAGACUCAAAAACUUCACAAUAGAAAGUAUGAAAUUGUCACCGGGAACGAGGCAGGUAGCAGUGCUGAUGUUGAUCCUAGUGAUAUACAAGCUGUUUUUGCUGGUGAUUACUUUGCAGAAGCACAGAAAGCAAAGAUGGAGCUGCGAGAAAUAGAAGCUAGAGAUGCUGAAAUUAAGAAAAUUGAGAAUAGUGUUGUGCAAGUGAAUCAGUUAUUUAAAGAAAUAAAUGCUCUUGUUAUGGAACAAGGUGAGAAGAUAGAUAACAUUGAGAAACAUGUUAAUGCUGCAUCAGUGGAUGUAGAAUCUGGAAAUGUACAACUAAAACAAGCCAGAGAACAUCAGUCAAAGGCAAGGAAAAAGAAAAUAUGUUGUAUUGGUAUUCUGGUGGCUGUUCUUCUCAUUGCUGGGGUUAUCAUUACUAUAGUGAUUGUAUCUCAGAAUAGUAACAAUUAAGGAAUGAAAAGAGCAACUUUGUUAUAUGUUUUAUACCAUCAUGAAUCAAUUAAUUUAUACAAUUCAUAGGCAUUUUAAAUAACAGUAUUUUCCCUAUUUAACAGCCCUUUGAAGAAAAAGAAAAAACUAAAACA